AUGAGGUCGGCUACCGGAGCAACGCAGGUGGUCGACGUUAGCCUCUGUCGACCGGGUCUGUGCCCCCCCCCACCACCUCCGGCUAUGAUUGACACUCGUAGACUGGCAACGAUCUCCGCAGGCGGCGCCGACCGCAUGCAUCGCUGCAUGAGCAUCGAAGUCGUCAUCUUCUCGACGUCGUCAUCGCCCGUCAGACAUCUCGCCUAUGACGGCGACGACGACGCGACAGAAGCGGGCGUUCCCUUAGUCAUUGGCGAAUUUCAGACGAUAAUCAGUCAGGUUUCCGGCGGCUACCUUGCCUCCUUAAAUAUCAUGGACGACCGCAGCUUACUGUCAGCAAGUGACGAGCCGCAGCCGUGCUGCAUCCGGGCUUCCGUCUGUCUCUCUUCACUCAUCUUCGUUGGUCGAUGGUGA